CGGCUCCGAAAAUGAUGAUGAUACCCUGUCCAGCAAUAUUUACGUUUUUCCGCUCAUUAGCGGCAUGCAGGCUCGUUAACCUGCUAGAACCGGGUUUCAGGUAGUUCCAAUAAAAGCAGGAGAAUCGUGUUGGCGAAGUGCAAAGAGGACAUUCUUCGAAGCGCACUUGCACUGGUAAGAUGUUCGGUGCGCUAGUACUCUUGACGGUGGUCACUUUGACCGUAGGUCAAUUAGCAGGUGAAGGAUGCUUCCAUGAAACCCACCAGAAACCUGGAGUCUGCAAAUUGAUCGGAGCGUGUCCAUCGGCAAUAAAAGACCUCCAGAAAAUGAUUCGACCUCAGAUCUGCAGCUUCGAGAUCACAGCGCCGAUCAUCUGUUGCGCCGAAGACGUCGCUACUCCGGACAUCGUGCAACCUGGAGUGGGAACGAAGAGUAGCCAAAAAUGCUCGGAGUAUGCGAAGCUGGUGAACGUCACCUACCAACGUCCAACGCUUUCCUUCGGACCCAGCAAGAACAUAACGCGCAAUGAGUGCGGUUUUAAAGCUGUUAAACUUGUGGUCGGAGGAAGCAAAGCGGAGCCCAAGGAGUUUCCUCACAUGGCUGCGAUCGGUUUCGAUGUGGGUUCCGGCGAGAGGGGUUACCAUUGCGGCGGCAGCUUGAUCAGCGAAAGAUUCGUUCUCACCGCUGCCCAUUGCAUAAACACCAACAAUUUCGGCGAAGCUAAAUACGUGCGAGUCGGCGAUUUGAACUUAAAAGACGACAACGAAAACGCCGAUCCGCAAGAGUACAACGUCGUCCAGAGGAUUCGACAUCCGCAAUACAAGAGGCCGUCUCGUUACAACGAUAUCGCUCUUUUGAAGUUGGAACGAGAUGUGAUCUUCACGCCUUACGUCAGACCCAUUUGCUUGAACACGUUGAGCGUGUUGGACAAUAAGGAAGCCAUCGCCACCGGGUGGGGUUUGGUGGAACUCUACGGAACGAACAACGAUCAUCUGUUGAAAGUAACUUUAUCCAUGUUCAGUAACAAUUUGUGCAGGGAGAAGUAUCCGCCGAAUAGGAGCAACUACAAGGAUGGAAUUCUGGACGACAGUCAGGUUUGCGCCGGAUCCUUCACCGAGCGUAAAGACACCUGCCAAGGUGAUUCAGGUGGUCCUCUUCAAAUCUACAAUUUGAAUGAGUACUGCAUGUACACGCUGAUCGGGGUGACAUCUUUCGGUAAGGCCUGCGGAAUCGCGCAGGUACCCGGCGUAUACACCAGAGUUUCGCACUAUCUGGAAUGGAUCGAGAAUACCGUAUGGCCAUAAAAAUAUUUAUAUAAACAAAAAAAACAUUGCACAAUAAAAAUAACGCGUAAUGUUUUGCCCCUCGUGCAUACA